AUGGCCAGCCUCAGAAAUAAUAAGUCAAAACUCCCUAUUCUUUUGUUCUUUCUUGUUGUUUUUACACAAAUAACCAAUGGAUUGAAUCCAAGAAAACUUGAUGAGGUUAUUGAGAACAAAUGUGGUGGCUGUCCUUGUAACAAUCCAUGUAAUCCACCAUCUCCACCACCACCUCCACCAGCUCUGCCACCACCAUCCCCGCCGCCACCAAAGAAGCCACCAAGUGGAUACUGUCCUCCUCCUCCUCUUCCUCCAUCAGGAGGCGGCGGCGGUGGUGGUUAUAGUCCAAAUCCUCCAAAUCCACAAUACAUAUAUAUGACUGGUCCCCCAGGGAAUUUAUACCCUGUUGAUCAAUAUUUUAAUGGUGCCAAAAGGACAUUCUCUAGUGGUUUUUCACUUUUGAUCGGUGGAUUUUUCUUGGGAUUACUUGCUUUGAG